AUGUCUGGGUAUAUCCCGUGGCUGAUCUACGCCCUCAAGCGCCAACACGGUCGAGAAGGCGGUGGCAAACGCCCUGUGAGUUCAACAGGUCUGUCGAAUGGGAGAAUAGGCAGCUUCGGGGCCAAGGCCACGGCCAGCCAUGUCGUGCAAAGACAGAGCAGCGAAUGGAAGAUGCAAAGUCGAAAGUCGACGAUGCGCACAAGAAGAGCAAAGGCCGAGACGCAGCCAGAGCUGGAGAACCUAAAGAAGUGCUCACCUGCACUGUUCACGAACAACCUAAGACAGGCACCGGAAGCCAAAAUGAACGAACUCGCAGGAAGGCAAGGAGACUCGCAAAAUAAGUCGAGGCGGAUGUACGGCGGUGGAUCAGGUUCUGGGGCCGUUCAGCUGACCAAUGCCGAUCCUUCGGGAUGGCUUCUAGAAGGCGACGCGAGCUUAGCUGUGUAA